GCCAACAGGAACUUGAUCCAGACAGAGACUAGAGGAAAACAAGCCAGAACUCCAGUGGUUCCAUCCAGAGUCAGACCCACUGCAAAGGUAGUCCUAUCUGCUCCCACCAUAACCACCACACUACUGCAUCCCCUUACACACUGCUGGCAUAAACUUGUACUGGCAGAGAGAUUCCAUAGAGAGACAUGGCCAGUAAAUCUAAAUGUUUCAUACCUCAGUGAAUUCUUAUCUUUUUGCUCAUGGGUAUGCGGGUAAUAUCAGGAACUGAAUGUUAUGGCCAGAAACAGCAGUCGCAAGAGGACGCAGGCAGAGCACAUAAAGGUGCAUGCACACACGCACAGAUUUCAACAAUGACGUGUCAUUUUCCUCUGCCUUAGUUUGAACCGUCUCAGGCCUUUAGUCUCAAACCAGAAAUUGACAUUUCACAGAUUAAGGCCUCUGAUCCCCAAGAAGAUGAGACCGACUUCAAGCACGUAUGUGUUUGGUGGUUCUGGUUUCAUUUAAGAGAAAUGUGUCAUAGAAUAAAACUAUGUUUUCUACAGGUCUCUCUUGUAAAAUAAAUUUGAUCUCAAUUAGAAUAAUCUGUAUAAAUAAAGGUUGAAUACAAAUGCACCACUCUCUUUAUCAUGGAUAUCUUUUUUAGGACAAAUUUGGGGGUCUUGGUGGAAUGUUUCAGAAAUCACAAAAAGAGCCAACCCCUACCUUCACAGUGAGUGGACAGACCUGUGUCUGAUUAUCUUUGUAAUGGUGGAUGCAGAAACACCUGUCAGUUAGUUUGCUCACCAAUCACCCAUGUUUUCCUUAUGAUUGAUCUUAUAAUUUCUCUUCUCUCUCAGAGCUACCUGUCAGAUAACGAGAAGCCUGAAGAGCCCACCCUAGAAAAGGAGCAGUCCUCAGAGAACACCAAGAAGAGACUGACUCAGGCCAAACAAGUGUGUGUGAGAGAGGAGAGUGAUAUCUAUAGACUACUAAACAUAUGCGAUUGUAUUAGAGAAACAAUGAGAGACAAAGUUUGCUAUUAAAUAGUUGAAGUUUUUCAACAUAUAUCACUCUUUCAGGACAAAGGAGGACUGAUGGGAGGAAUGUUCCGGAAAGCAACUAAAGACAAACUCUCUUCUCCUUCACUGACGGUAACAUUUUCCUCUUGUUUAUCUGUUGUUAGCUUCUCUGGUUGGGUGCUCUAAUACAACUGUGAUUUUGAAGCGCUUACAAGGUGUCAUUGUUUUCAUUGGUCCUAGGUCAGCAGAGUAAAUAGUGAUCCCAAUGACACACAAGAAAAGACAGCUGAAAGCACUCAUGUAUGUAUCAUGCUAGGAUGAUUAAAAAAACACUUCAAGCCUGGGUAUUUUGUCAUCUUGAAAUAUGCAAAUAAGUCUAACUGCAUUCAUGUAUCUCCUCUAUUGUUCUGGAGAAGUGGGGUUGUUUAGUGGAAUCCUCAGAAAAUCCCCCAAACCUGCUGGAGAAGGGACACCUGCACACGUGUGUAGCAUAUGUAGAUACCCAGUUGUGCACUAAUCCUUUUUUGUACUGAAAUAGUAAUGUUCUGUUCCAGGACAAUCUCUCAGUUCACAGUAAGCUUUUAGCCAGCAACAACAGUCUCUCUGACCACAACGACACCAAAGUAAGCUGGUUUAAGGAACGUUAAACUCUAUUAAUUUGAUCCUCUGAUAACUUCAUGUUGAUGUUCUGUGUAAAUGGUCCCUCUGUGUGUUUCAGGAGAAGGGAGGUAUCUUCAGUGGAAUGUUCAAGAAGUCUUCCAAACCUGCGGAAGAACCACCUCAAGCAGAAGAGGUCAAGUAAUACGGUAUACUAUUUACCUGUAGUGGAUAGGAUGUAUAAGAUUUCUGUUCUCUUGAAAAUCUACAAUCACAACACUAAACCACUAUUGUAGUGACUUAGGAAUGAAAAGGUGCUGUAUUUUAUGUUGCCAUUAAACUUGAUUUAAUAUCAAUGAACUGUAAAGCGAACAGAUGAAUAAUUCAAUUGUUCAUGAAUUGUCACUGUGCAGGUAACAUCAGCUUAAAGAAAAAAGGGAAUCAGGUGCUGAGGGACUUGAAAAUUAAAAAAACAUUCCUUACCCCAGGACACUUCAACUGGUGACUCUCCAAGAGAAUAAAAGGAAAAGGAUCACUCAGUUUCUGCAUAAAUCUGAUAGAUUUAUUGACGGGACAAACAAACAAUAGGCUUAUGUUUCGGAAUGAAUCGACUUCAUCAGAACAUAACAUAAUUUCCUCUUUGUGUUUCCUGUCAUUGUCAUACAGGACCAGCAGUCACUACACAGUGAGCUCUCAGCCAGCAAUGACAGUCUCUCUGACAACAAUAACCCUAAGGUGAGGCAGAGUUGAGAACUAUUCACUUGCUCAGUAAGAGGGUUAUGACUAAAGUAUUAUGUUCUGAUGCCAUUAGGCAAAAGGAGGACUUUUCAGUGGAAUCCUCAAAAAAUCCCCCAAAGCUCCUCAAGAGGGCACACUUGCAGAGGUGAGUGUUCUGGAGAUCAACACGUGACUCUAACUAUUAUUUCCGACCUACUUGUAAAUAUGCUGACUUGUGUAGCAAAUGUACCCCAUAGCAAAUGUUAUUAUGCAUUCUCACUGGCUGAACAGGUAUCUCGAUCUGUUUCUCAACCAGACAUUACACAGUGAACUAUCAGCCAGCAAUGACAGUCUUUCAAACAACAACAGUAAAGUGAGUAAGGUUUGACAGUUCUUUACAUCUGCUGAAGUGUCCUUCACAAAAUAGCCUCUGUUAUUUAUUGCAAACUAUUGUGUUUCAGGAGAAAGGAGGCAUAUUCAGUGGAAUGUUCAUAAAAUCUCCCAAGCCUGCUGCUGAUGCUUCUCAACCUGAGGUAAUAUAGCGAAGUCAAGUGUUUGGCUUGGACCAGUCUUACAUUUUCUAUUUGUUCAGCUUAUGAUAUGCGAACAUACUACUGGUAGCUAGUUACGUAACCUGAGUUUGCUCAUGUUACAACACACUUGUGUGUGCAAAACAACUCAAUGUGCGUACAAAACAAAUUAACUCAACUAGAAGGGGGUAUCUUAAAUUGGAGCACUGUUGUUUAAGUAACUGUUGUUCAUAACUCUUCCCUGUUAUGUCCCAGGACAAGCGGUCAUUACACAGUGAGCUCUCAGCCAGCAACGACAGUCUGGCUGACAACAACAACCCUAAGGUAAGACAGAGUUACUGCAUACUUGGGUCUUCUGCACAGAAAUAUCGAUAUGAACAUGAGUAUACAAGUGAUUUACGAUCAAUUGAAAUGACAGUCUUCUUCUAACAGGAGAAAGGAGGGAUGUUUAGUGGAAUCCUCAGGAAAAAAAUGAAAGCGUCUGGAGAUGGAACACCUGCACAGGUGAGUCUAAGUUCAUCUGGUGACCAACAUGUGUCUGUUUGUUUCAGUUACUUACAGUAAGAGUCUGAUCAUUUUCUAAGUGCUCUACUGUUUUCUGUUCCAGGAAAACCUCUCUACAUAUUACGAGCUCUCAGCCAGCGAUGACAGCCUGUCUGAAAACAACAAAAGUACAGUGAGUCAGAGUUACUGCAUUUAGAAGAUUAGAAAACCACUUGGGUCACUGGAAAGAUUAUAACCAUUAUGAACAUGACAUAAGUAACCACAUUUUUAUACUUAUUCAAAUGGAAAUUCAAAUGACACUGUCUUCUCCUAUAAGGAAAAAAAGGGGCUAUUCAGUGGAAUACUCAAAAAGACCCCCAAAGCAUCUGGAGAUGAAACACCUGCACAGGUGAGCUCUAACAUGUCUGUUUGCUUUAGUUACUUACUGCAAGAGUCUGUUAAUUGUCUAACUACAGUACUGUGUUCUGUUCCAGGACAACCUUGCAACACGCAAGCUCUCAGUCAGCAACAACAGCAUUUCUGAUACCAACAACACCAAUGUGAGGAGGUUUGGUGGAGUAUUGUCUACAGACAAAACAAUAUGUUUCCAGAUAACAUUAUAUGGCAACACGGUAAAAAAAAAAAAACGGUUUCUAAACUGUCUUUUUGUAUUUCAGGAGAAAGGACGUUUCUUCAGUGGAAUGUUCACAAAAUCUCCUAAACCUGUUGAUGAAGGCUCUCAACAAGAAGAGGUAAGGUAUCUAGAGAUGACUAUAUUGGCUCUUAAUUUGACCAUGAUUAAUUAUAUUUAUCAGUCUAUUAUUAACCGUUGUUAUUGUUAAAGUAGAACUUAAUUGUCUCAUAGGACAAGCGGUCAUUACACAGUGAGCUCUCAACCAGUAAUGACAGUCUCUCUGACAACAACACUAUUAAGGUGAGCUGGUUUGUUGAGUAUUAUCUAUGGUCAGUAGAAUAGAUGUCCAGAUACCUGUAGCAGGAUAUUGCCAUUAUCAGUUAUCGCUGUGUGUUUCAGGAGAGAAGUAAAUUCAGUGGAAUGUUCAAGAAAUCUCCUAAACAUGCUGCUGAAGGCUCUCAACCAGAAGAGGUAAAGUAUCACUACACAUGACUACAUUAGCUCUUAAUUUGACCAUGACUAGUCAGUCAUAUUUAUAACUUUUGGUGAUUGUUAUAGUAACACUUGAUUGUCUCAUAGGACAAGCAGUCAUUGAACAGUGAGCUCUCAGCCAGUAAUGACAGUCUCUCUGACAACAACAACCCUAAGGUAAGACUGUGUAUGAAGUGAACUCCGCUAACUUGAUCUCCAGAUGACAUGAUUUUAGUUACACUUUCUAAACUGCAUCCGUGUGUUUCAGGGUAAAGGUAUAUUCAGUGGAAUGUUCAAAAAGGCUCCUAAAACUGCUGAAGCCUCCCAACCAGAAGAGGUAAACAUGUUAGUCCUGAGAUUGAAUAUAAAUUCAUCUCUAUGGGAUAUACAGUGCAUUCGGAAUGUAUUCAGACCCUUUCCCUUUUUCCACAUUUUGUUACAUUACAGCCUUAUUCUAAAAAGGAUUAAAUAAAUAAAUAUCCUCAUCAAUCUACACACAAUACCCCAUAAUGACAAAGCGAAAACAGGUUUUUAGACAUUUUUGCAAAUGUAUUCAAAAUAAAAAACAGAAAUACCUCGUUUACAUAAGUAUUCAGACCCUUUGCUGUGAGACUCGAAAUUGAGCUCAGGGGCAUCCUGUUUCCAUUGAUCAUCCUUGAGAUGUUUCUACAACUUGAUUGGAGUCCACCUGUGGUUCAUUCAAUUGAUUGGACAUGAUUUGGAAAGGGACACACCUGUCUAUAUAAUUUCCCACAUUGACAGUGCAUGUCAGAGCAAAAAACAAGCCAUGAGGUCGAAGGAAUUGUCCGUAGAUAUCCAAGACAGGAUUGUGUAGAGGCACAGAUAUGGGGUAAGGUACCAAAACAUUUUUGCAGCAUUGAAGGUCCCCAAGAACACAGUGGCCUCCAUCAUUCUUAAAUGGACAAAGUUUGGAACCACCAAGACUCUUCCUAGAGCUGGCCGCCCGUCCAAACUGAGCAAUCGGGGGAGAAGGGCCUUGGUCAGGGAGGUGACCAAGAACCCGAUUGUCACUCUGACUGAGCUCCAGAGUUCCUCUGUGGAGAUGGGAGAACCUUCUAGAAGGACAACCAUCGCUGCAGCACUCCACCAAUCAAGCCUUUAUGGUAGAGUGGCCAGACAGAAGCCACUCCUCAGUAAAAGGCACAUGACAGCCUGCUUGGAGUUUGCCAGAAAUGCACCUAAAGGACUCUCAGACCAUGAGAAACAAGAUUCUCAGGUCUGAUGAAACCAAGAUAGAACUCUUUGGCCUGAAUGCCAAGUGUCACGUCUGGAGGAAACCUGGCACCAUCCCUACGGUGAAGCAUGGUGGUGGCAGCAUUAUGCUGUGGGGAUGUUUUUCAGCGGCAGGGACUGGGAGUCUAGUCAGGAUCGAGGGAAAGAUGAACGGAGUAAAGUACAGAGAGAUCCUUGAUGAAAACCUGCUCCAGGGCGCUCAGCACCUCAGACUGGGGAGAAGGUUCACAUUCCAACAGGACAACGACCCUAAAAACACAGCCAAGACAAAGCAGGAGUGGCUUCGGGACAAGUCUCUGAAUGUCCUUGAGUGGCCCAGCCAGAGCCCCCCCUUCCCUGAUACAUGUGUCAAAAGUGUGGACACAGCUACUAAUUUAAGGGUUUUUCUUUAUUUCUACUAUUUUUUACAUUGUAUAAUAAUAGUGAAGACAUCAAAACUAUGAAAUAACACACAUGGAAUCAUGUAGUAACCCAAAAAGUGUUAAACAAAUCAAAAUAUAUUUUAAAUUUGAGAUUCUUCAAAUAGCCACCCUUUGGGGGAGGGGGGGGGGGGGGGGGGGGGGGGUAAAAGACCAAGUCCAUAUUAUGGCAAGAACAGCUCAAAUAAGCAAAGAGAAAUGACAGUCCAUCAUUACUUUAAGACAUGAAGGUCAGUCAAUCCAGAAAAUGUCAAGAACUUUGAAAGUUUCUUCAAGUGCAGUCGCAAAAACCAUCAAGUGCUAUGAUGAAACUAGCUCUCAUGAGGACCACCACAGGAAUGGAAGAUCCAGAGUUACCUCUGCUGCAGAGGAUAAGUUCAUUAGAGUUACCAGACUAUGAAAUUGCAGCCCAAAUAAAUGCUUCACAGAGUUCAAGUCACAGACACAUCUCAACAUCAACUGUUGAGAGGGGACUGUGUGAAUCAGGCCUUCAUGGUCAAAUUGCUACUAAAGGACACCAAUAAUAAUAAGAGACCUGCUUGGGCCAAGAAACAUGAGCAAUGGACAUCAGACCAGUGGAAAUUUGCCCUUUGGUCUGGAGUCCAAAUUUGAGAUUUUUGGUUCCAACUGCCGUGUCUUUGUGAGACGUGGUGUGGGUGAACGGAUUAUCUCUGCAUGUGUAGUUCCCACCGUAAAGCAUGGAGGAGGAGGUGUUAUGGUGUGGGGGUGCUUUGCUGGUGACACGGUCUGUGAUUUAUUUAGAAUUCAAGGCACACUUAACCAGCAUGGCUACCACAGCAUUCUGCAGCGAUAUGCCAUCCCAUUUGAUUUGGGCUUAGUGGGACUAUCAUUUGUUUUUCAACAGGACAAUGACCCAACACACCUCCAGGCUGUGUAAGGGCUAUUUUACCACAAAGGAGAGUUAUUGAGUGCUAUAUCAGAUGACCUGGCCUCCACAAUCCCCCAACCUCAACCCAAUUGAGAUGUUUGGGAUGAGUCGGCCGGCAGAGUGAAGGAAAAGCAGCCAACAAGUGCUCAGCAUAUGUGGGAACUCCUUCAAGACUGUUGGAAAAGCAUUCCAGGUGAAGCUGGUUGAGAGAAUGCCAAGAGUGUGCAAAGCUGUCAUCAAGGCAAAGGGUGGCUAUUUAAAGAAUCUCAAAUAUACUUUGAUUUGUUUAACACUUUUUUGGUUACUACAUGAUUCCAUAUGUGUUAUUUCAUAGUUUUGAUGUCUUCACUAUUAUUCUACAAUGUAGAAAAUAGUAAAAAUAAAGAAAAACCCUUGAAUGAGCAGGUGUGUCCAAACUUUUGACUGGUACUGUACAUCACAUGCGACUUGUAAUAAGACUAAGUGUUAUGAUGAGUUUCUCGGGUAUCAAGUAAUUAAGGAUAUACUUAGAGACUUUUGAUGGGGAGUUCAUAUGAGUAUUUAAUAGGUAUCAUGGUUCGUUAUAACAACAGAAGGACAUAGCUUUGCCUCUUGCUUUUCCGAACUCUCUGAACACAGAAGAUAUAUCAGCUUAUAUACACUCUGUUACACGUUUCUUCAACACAUCUGGUACCCAUCAGUGGGCACUCCCUUCUUUGAUGUUAUUACCCUUUACCCCAAGUCAGUAUAUCCUGUCCAUCAAUCAUUCUAAAAUCAACAUCAGUAAUCUCCUUUGACAUAAGGAAUGCAGACUCUGUAGCACCAAGUCACUUAUCCACUAACUCUACCUUGGUUUCCCACAACACUAUAAAAACCUCAUAUCACUAAGCAAUUAGCCUAUUCAAAUGUUUAUCUGACUCCAUAAAGAUAAUUAGUUAUUUGCAAGGGACUAUGGUUGAGUUACAGUAAUAAGCAAUGAAGAAAUAUCUGAGAACAGAAUUCUAAAUACAAGUGUAUUGUAGCUUAAGUUACAAGGCAUUAACAAGCAUUACAAGUCAUUAUUCUAAGCAUGGUCAGAGAGAGAGAGAAAUCAUAGCCUGAAAGGCCAUGCCCCAAAAGUCCAUGGGGUGGAGAGAGAAAGAAACAGAGAGAGUAUCUCACCACAGCAGUUCAGGAACAAAAAAUAAAUAACAACGAAUUGGAGACCCUUUUAUAAGCAUCUGAGAUGUUUGGAUUCAAAAACUGAUUUGUAGACCAAUACUAUUACUGUAAAGUUAACCUCCAAUCAGAUAUCAGACUUAUAGGAUGUAACCUCUGCAUCUCAGAGGUGACACAAUGGGGGUUGGAGAGAUAAUACAGAAAAUGCUGAAUUCCUAAGACAACAUAGAGGAAAUUCUUGCAUACAGUUGAUAAGAAGAGUAACUUCGGGGUCUGCCCUACAAUGUCACCUUGGUUUUCUUGGGCGCUGGGAUGAUGGUGGUCUCCUUGAAGCAAGUGGGGACUACAGCCUGGGACAAGGACGGGUUGAAGAUGUUUGGUCAGCGAACACUCUAGCCUCGUUUAUACCUGGUGCUAACAUGCUUCCUUUGUCCUGAUAUUAUCCACAUUCUGAUCGUGCACGUCACAUCUUAUCUGUCCACUGUGUCCUUAUUGUGACCAAAUAUCCUGGUCCCCCCCUGUAUGCAAAUUGUUUGACAGAUAUUAUUUCAAAAUAAUAUUUAUUGAUUUAUUUUAAGACAUUGAUGCCUUAAGUCAAUGGCAUCACCUGUCCAUGAUUUUAGAGGGUGGGAUAAUGAUGAUUUAAAUAGUUUCACUGUCCAGAUCCGUCUACACUUCUAAGUCUCCUGAGUGGCGCAGUGGUCUAAGGCACUGCAUCACAGUGCUAACUGUGCCACUAGAGAUCCUGGUUCGAAUCCAGGCUCUGUCGCAGCCGGCCGCGACCGGGAGACUCAUGGGCGGCGCACAAUUGGCCCAGCGUCGUCCGGGGUAGGGGAGGGAAUGGCCGGCAGGGAUGUAGCUCAGUUGAUAGAACAUGGCGUUUGCAACGCCAGGGUUGUGGGUUUGAUUCCCACGGGGGGCCAGUAUAUUAAAAAAAAAAAAAAAAAAAUUCACUAACUGUAAGUCGCUCUGGAUAAGAGCGUCUGCUAAAUGACUAAAAUGUAAAUGUAAGAUAUCCAAAUACAAUGCGUGUCUGUCUACCUCUUGAAGUGGUCAGGAAGAUCUGAUCACAAUCAGAUCACGAUUAGUCUUUUUAUCGUCUACACCUGUCCAAAAAUGUGGGCAGAAUCAAAAUGUGGACAAGAUCAGAAUAAAGGACGUAUGUUAGAUCCAGGUAUAAAUGGGGCUUCUGAGGACAUGGCCAUGGAUUUUUGUUGGGGUAUGUCUGAAUUGUUAUUGUGGGUACAACAUCAACACAUUUCCUAAUGAAGCCUGUGACUGAAGAUGUAUAUUCCUCAGUGUUGAAGGAUGAGUUCUGGGUGGAUGAAUCUUUGAACAUAUUCCAAUCAGUAUUCUCAAAACACUCCUGCAGCAUUGAGUCUGCCUCCUCUGUCCAGGGCCUCAUUAUUCUCUGUGUUGGUGGCUCCCUCUUGAGUUCCUGCUUGUAGGCGGGGGGUAGGAACAGAGAGAUGUGAUCUGAUUGGCCGAAGUGGGGGUGGGGGAUGGUUUUGUAUGCAUCACAGGUGUUUGUGUAGACAUGGCCCAGCACGUUGUUUCCUCUCAUGGGGCACGAUACACGUAGGCAGAGUUGUGGAGUCUGACUGGAGUCACAAAUCUGAUGACUUGAGGCUCGACUUGAUUGAAAAUAAAUUAGAGACUUGACAUGGACUUGGAGCCUCAAGACUUGGGACUCGACUUUGACUUGAGACUGAUGACUUGAAAUUAUCUGGUCAGGUUUUGUAAUGUUUUGUCACUCAUUCUAUGGCACAGAGUCUCUGUGGAUUACUCUCCACGAAGCCAAAGACAGUAGCCGCAGCAUCGCCCUUGCAAAAAGAACAUGCACAAGGCUAGUGAAAUGCACACUCUGCCCUCGGAUUGGACCAGCAAACUGUCAAUCAACACAGGUUGGGUGAGCUAGUGAACAGAUUGCUGAUUUGCUGUACAGCUAUAGGAUCAGGUGCAGCGCAAACAUGAAAUUGUAGGGAGAGAGGAUUGCUGAAAGAGAGCGACCCGGCUCUACGUAUUUUACUGGUUUAUGACACCGCCCCCGGUUAGAGGGGUAUAAAGCAGCCCAAGAGUUAAUACACACAGGAAUUUUAUUUAAACACACUGAGGAAGAUGAACAUGGGGAUGUACAUGGGGAUGGUUCUGUAAUGGACAGAAACGGAGAGAUAAUGAAUAUGAUAUACAGGAGAUAAAUACACUGGCCUGAAUAGAUACAGCCAGACAGGCCAAUUUGACCCCCUCAAUAAUAUACCAUGAUGAAUUUGAUGGAUUGGAAAUAAGUUUCCCACUAAAGCUACUGGCUUUCUGUGACUUUACACUACACAGUACUACUCAAUUCCUCAUUUGAUUAUGCUUUUGGUUUGGCCCGGUGCUCAGAGGCCAUGGUUUGUGAAGGGGGAAAAAAGUUGCAUAAGGCUUGUAAGUGAAAUGGAGCAAUAGCUCCUCUCUUUCUCUCUCUCUCCUCUCUCUUCUUAACAAACCCUUAAUUAUGUGAGCUAACUUGAAACAAAUAAUAAGUACAGUCACAUUUAACAUGGUCAAUUCAUAACAAUUAUAUAGAAAAUUAUAUUUUUCAAAUGGAGAAAGUUUCUAUUGCAAGAUGAUGAGAUGUGUAUCUCGAGUGUGAGCAGUAUUUCUAAAACAAAUAGUGAUAAUUGGUCAUGGUUAUAUUGGGCUCAAUUUUGUGUGUUCAAAGACAACUUUGCUAGUAUUAUAACAACUGGUUUCCAGUAGGCUACAUAAUUGGAAAAGGCCUGUUUCUCUGAAACUCAGGCCUGUUUCUCUCACCAGUCAGAGGCAGCAUGCCUGUCUCACAGACUCUGACCAGCAGCAGCAACCUAUCCUCCUUAUUUAAAGUGCAUUCGGAAAGUAUUCAGACCCCUUCACUUUUUCCACAUUGUGCUACGUUACAGCCUUAUUCUAAAAUAGAUUUUUUUAAACAAAUCCUCAAUCUACACACAAUACCCCAUUAUCACAAAGCGAAUAGGUUUUUAUAAAUAUUUGCAAAUUUAUAAAAAAUAAAAAACAUACCUUAUGUACAUAAGGAUUCAGACAUUUUGCUAUGAGACUCGAAGUUGUGCUCAGUUGCAUCCUGUUUCCAUUGAUCAUCCUUGAAAUGUUUCUACAACUUGAUUGGAGUCCACCUGUGGUAAAUUCAAUUGAUUGGACAUGAUUUGGAAAGGCACACACCUGUCUAUAUAAGGUUGACAAUUGACAGAGUAUGUCAGAGCAAAAACCAAAGCAUGAGGUCGAAGGAAUUGUCCGUAGAGCUCCGAGACAGGAUUGUGUCGAGGUACAGAUCUGGGGAAGUUUACCAAAAAAUGUCUGCAGCAUUGAAGGUCCCCAAGAACACCGCGGCCUCCAUCAUUCUUAAAUGGAAGAAGUUUGGAACCACUAAGACUCUUCCUAGAGCUGGCCGACCCAGCCAAACGGAGCAAUCAGGGGAGACGGGACUUGGUCAGGGAGGUGACCAAGAACCCAAUGCUCACUCUGACAGAGCUCCAGAGUUCCUCUGUGGAGAUGGGAGAACCUUCCAGAAGGACAACUAUCUCUGCUGCACUCCACCAAUCAGGCCUUUAUGGUAGAGUGGCCAGAUGGAAGCCAUUCCUCAGUAAAAGGCACAUGACAGCUGCUUGGUGUUUGCCAAAAGGCACCUAAAGGACUCUCAGACCAUGAGAAACAAGAUUCUCAGGUCUGAUGAAACCUAGAUUUAAUUAUUUGGCCUGCAUGCCAAGCGUCACGUCUGGAGGAAACCAGGCACCGCUCAUCACCUGGCCAAUACCAUCCCUGCAGUGAAGCAUGGUGGUGGCAGCAUCAUGCUGUGGGGAUGUUUGUCAGUGGCAGGGACUGGGAGACUAGUCAAGAUCAAGGGAAAGAUUAACAAAGCAAGGUUCAGAGAGAUCCUUGAUGAAAACCUGCUCCAGAGCGCUCAGGACCUCAGACUGGGGCAAAGGUUCACCUUCCAACAGGACAACGACCCUAUGCACACAGCCAAGACAAUUUAGGAGUGGCUUCGGGACAAGCCUCUGAAUGUUCUUGAGUGGCCCAGCCAGAGCCUGACUUGAACCCGAUCGAACAUCUCUGGAGAGACCUGAAAAUAGCUGUGCAGCGACGCUCCCGAUCCAACCUGACAGGGCUUGAGAGGAUCUGCAGAGAAGAAUGGGAGAAUCUCCCCAAAUACAGGUGUGCCAAGCUUGUAGUGUCAUACCCAAGAAGACGCAAGGCUGUAAUCACUGCCAAAGGUAUAGAUUGUGUAAAGAUUGAUGAGGGAAAAAACAAUUUAAUCAAUUUUAGAAGAAGGCUGUUACGUAACAAAAUGUGGAAAAAGUGAAGAGGUCUGAAUACUUUCUGAAUGCACUGUAUGUUUAGAAAACAAAUUUGAAAGCCAAAAUUGAGGGGGGAAAGUACUCAUCAUGUUUAUGCAACCUAAUAAUCAACCCAUAAGAAUACUUCCAGAACCACCUUUAUAUUUUAUUUCAAUUGAGAAAAUCAACGAGGUGAGGAGGAGGAUUAUUUAAGAUACUGUUUGAAGAGGUAGGAUUUCAGAUGUUUUCUGAAGAUGGGCAGGUACUCUGCUGUCCUAGCUUCAGGGGGAAGCUGGUUCCACAAUUGGGCUGCCAGGACAGAGAAGAGAUUGGACUGGGCUGAGCGGGAGCUGCCCUCCCGUAAGGGUGGGAGGGCCAAGAGACCUGAGGUGGCAGAACGGAGUGCUCGGGUUGGGGUGUAGGGUUUGAGCAUAGCCUGAAGGUAGGCAGGGGCAGUUCCUCUUGCUGUUCCAUAGGUAAGCACCAUGGUCUUGUAGUGGAUGCAAGCUUUGACUGGAAGACAGUGGAUUGUGCGGAUGAGUGGGGUGACAUGAGACAACUUGGGAAGGUUGGACACCAGGCGGCCUGCAGCGGUUUGCAGGGGUUUGAUGGCAUAAGCGGGAGAGAACAAGUGCCUGGAUUAGGACCUGUGCCGCUUCCUGUGUGAGGUAGGGUCAUACUCUACGGAUGUUGUAGAGCAUGAACCUGCAGGAGUGGGUCACUGCUUUGAUGUUUGCAGAGAAUGACAGGGUGUUGUCCAGGGUCACGCCAAGGUUCUUUGCACUCUGGAAGGGCGACACUGUGGAGUUGUCAACCGUGAUGGAGAGGUCUUUGAGCGGGCAGGCCUUCCCCGGGAGGAAGAGCAGUUCCGUCUUGUCGAGGUUGAGCUUGAGGUGGUGGGCUGACAUCCAAGUUGAGAUAUCUGCCAGGCACGCAGAGAUGUGUGUCGCCACCUUGGUGUCAGAAGGGGGGAAGGAGAAAAGUAGUUGAGUGUCAUCCGCAUAGCAAUGAUAGGAGAGACCAUGUGAGGGUAUGAUGGAGCCAAGUGACUUGGUGUAUAGAGAGAAGAGGAAAGGGCCUACGACCGAGCCUUCUGGGACACCAGUAGUGAGAGUACUCCACGUCACCUGGUAGGAGCGGCCUGCCAGGUAGGAAGCAAUCCAUGAGUGUGCAAAGCCUGAAAUGCCUAGCCCUCAGAAGGUGGAGCGGAGGAUCUGAUGGUUCAUGGUGUCGAAGGCAGCGGAUAGAUCUAGGAGGAUGAGUACAGAGGAGAGUCAGCUUUGGCAGUGCGGAGAGCCUCCGUGACACAGAGAAGAGCAGUCUCAGUUGAGUGACCCGUCUUGAAGCCUGACUGGUUAGGCUCAAGAAGAUCGUUCUGAGAGAAAUAACGAGAAAGUUCAUCAGAGACAGCAUACUCAAGUGUUUUGGAAAGAAAAGAAAGAAAGGAUACAGGUCUAUAGUUUUUGACGUCAGAUGAGGGAGUGUUGGUUUCUUGAGGAGGGAGAAACUCAGGCCAUUUUGAAGUCAGAGGGGACACAGCCAGUCGUCAGGGAUGAGUUGAUGAGGGAAGUGAGGAAUGGGAGAAGGUCUCCAGAGAUGGUCUGGAGAGGGGAUGGGGUCGAGCGGGCAGGCAGGUUGUCGGGCGGCCAGACCUCACUAGUCGCAGGAUGUCAUCUGGAGAGAGAGGGGAGAAAGAGGUCUCUGCUUCAAGAUAUCUCUGAUUCAUUCACAUUGGAGGCUUACUGUACUUUUGUUUUGAAUUCAGGAUUCAAAUUUGGGAACAGACUGUAAUGACAACCGCUCAGAAAGCAAGGUAACCUACUCUGAAAGGGUUGCCUCUGUUGUCUGGAACUUCUAGUAGCUGUUAGUGUAUUAACUCCCUCUGUAUCUGAUGUAGGACAAAACAGGAGGACUCACUGGGAUUUUCAAAAGGUCUCCAAGGCCGUCGCCAAAGCCAUCCCCACGAUCCACUGUUACUAAGGUAGUAAAGUUGUCACUCUUCUGGUGUUCUUUGUAACAGUAUCAAUGUACAAUCAAAUUAAUGUUUAUGGUGACCCUGUGUUCUACAUUUGUCAGGACCCUCUCACUGAGUACAAGGAACUCUCUGCCAGCAAUGACAGCCUCUCAGACUUCACCACAAUUAAGGUAAGAUUUUGUAUACUUACAUUUAUGUAUUAAUACAUUUUGAUUUCAUAUAAUUAAGUAUGUUUUAGAAAAUGACACCUUUAUCUUUUUUGUAGAAAAAUCUCUCUGCACAAAGAGGACUUUCAGCCAGCAAUGAUAGUCUUUCCGACACUACAACCACCAGCAAAGUGAGUCUUUCACCUUAUUUUACCUACACCUACCUUUAUCAUCACUUUGUUAACCCACCAAUUUGCCUUGUGUGUUUACUGUGUAUGUCUUUUUGACACAGGAUAAAAAAGGAGGGUUUGGAGGAAUCUUCAGGAGAACUCCUAAACCUGUCGAGCAACAGGUAAUUACAGACAUGUAACACGAGCAUUAGCAUGUAGCAUUAGCAACUGUAGCCAACUAAUACAUGUUACUAUGCAGUUUACACACUUGUCAGAACAGAGAACAAUGUCAUGUUAACACGUCCUAUCUUUCUCGCUCUAUUAGGACAGUACGGACACAGAGACACCUGUGGGAGGUAGUCAGCUGAGGCGCCGGAGGACAAUCAAGAGGAAGAGACGGGUGAGUGAUCAGUUAUUUAGGUGAAUCGACCCAUGAUUGACCCAUGAUUUCAGAGAUUUCACUCAUGUCACUACUCAAUACAGUUGCUUAACUGGUCCCAGUUGGUUUUAAUUGAGGCCAUACUUUUACUAUGUACUAUUAAUUAUUUUGUUAUUUGUUAUGUUGAAUAUUAAAUCAAAGUUGCUUCUCAGGUUGUGUCAUUCCAAGUGAAAAGAACACUCCCAAGGAUUCCAAAACGUACUGCUGCUCGGGUAUUGCUAUUUCUUCUUACGUUCCUCAACCCCUCCAACUCAGUCCAUCACUUAAUACCCCUAUAUGUAAAAUCGUUUGUAAUACCGUAGUAGUAAAAUAGAUGCUGUGUUUUUAUGAUUUCCCCCUCAGGACUCUGAUAAGGAUCCUAUCAUUGAGGAGGCUGUGGAGAUGCAGUGGCUGGCCCCACUGCAGGUCAGCUAUAGAACAUGUGUAUCAUGCAUACUGGUGCUGUAUAUGUUGCCUGUGUCCAGUGGUCUGAUGUGUGUCUGUCUGUUUCAGGAGAGCACAGUAGAGAUCCAGCCUGUGGAGAUGGCAGCAUACCCCACUGACGGAAUCAACCUUUUGGAGUCUGAAGAGAUAUCUGUGUGUCUGUCACUCAUUCACACUCUCACUCUCUGAUUUGGAAAUGACUGACAUGUUUUCUCAUUGUUGUUUCUUUUCCAGGAGAGUGAUGGCCUGUUGGACUGGUGGAGAGCAGUCGAAGGUGUGUUUCCACAUCAAACUAUUUCUGUAUGUCUGUGCGUGCAUUUAAGUGGCUGAGGGAAUAUUUAUGUGUUGGAGAAGUGUGAUAAAAGUCUAACUCUUGUGUUGUGGGUUACCAGGUUGGGAGCAAUGGAAUGAAACAUCCAAUUUCCAAGAGGAUGAAGCAGAUAUGUGAGUCAUUCAUCUCUCUGUCUCUUACGCUUAAGUUCAAAAAUUAAUUGUCCAUCUUCUGUUGAAAUGGAAAGUUUUUAAAACGUCUUUGUCUCUCCCUCCUUCUUUCCCGCAGGGAGGUGGAGCAGGUGGCUGACCGUGUGUUCAUGGCGGCUCAGCUGUUUGUGCGUCUCUUCAACCAGCGGGGAGCGUCGCUGCAGGGCCGUAUCCUGGAGCUGCUGGCCCAGGCCGAUGCUGCUGACCAGUUCCACAAGAGGACGGUGGCGGCCGCUGUGGGGGGAGGCGUGGCCAGCGUGUGUGGCAGUGUGGCCACCAUCACCGGCCUCAUCCUUGCCCCCUUCACCUUCGGAGCCUCCAUCAUCGUCACCGCUGUAGGCAUCUCCGUGGCGACCGCUGGAAGCAUCGCCUCGGCAACGGCCAACAUCACGGAUACAGUGCACUCCAACAUGGACUGCAAGAAAGUGGCGAAGAUGAUCCAGGGCUACCAGGAGGAGAUCAAGGACAUCAGGGAGUGUAUGGAGUUUGUACAGGUAGGUUACUGUUCUUUCUCUCUCACUUACUCACUAACUGGCACACGCAUGCAUAUUCACAUACUGUAUACACAUACACACUCCUCCCCCUCCUCUAUCUCUCAAAUGUCCUUUCUCUCUGUGUGUCUGCAGGAAGGUAUGGAAGCUCUGCAGGAGGGGAACUUUGAAAAGUACACUGAGAGUGCCAACAAGAAGGCUCUGAACCACAACAUAAAGCAUGUGAUGAAGGAGGGGGGGCGGGCCGGAAAGAAACUGAUGAUCAACACAGACAAGCUCAUCAGCACCGUGCAGGUUCUAGGCGCGGCAGGUGGGGCCGCCAAAGCUGUUAAGGCCAUCAGCGUCACCACAGGCGUCAUGUCGGCUCUCUUCCUCGCACUUGACGUCUUCUUCCUCGCCAAGGACUCUCACGAGCUGUCCAAGGGCGCCAAGACAAAGUUCGCCACCAAGAUCCGAGAGAUGUGCAAGGACCUGCAGGACGGGCUACUGGAGCUGAACAAAGUGAAAGCCCAGCUGCAGAAAACCAUAGAUGGGAUCGAGCUGGAAGAGUACGAGGAGGAGGAGGAAGUGGAGGUGGAAGUGGAUGAUGAGCUAGAGUCAGACCCAGUUAAACUAGCUCAGCUGGAGCAGGACCUGGACCAGUUAGAGGAGAAGUUGAACAAGAAGGUCCAGGAGGAACAGAAAUUGAAUAAAAGCAAGAAGGAGUCAGAUAAGAGUGAGGAAAGGGAAAUUGAGGAGGAGAAGAAUAGUAAAAAGAAGGAUAGUAAGAAAGAGAACAGAGAGGAGGAGGCGAGAACUAAAAGUAAAACAAUCGAAUUGGAGACGUUGUGUGAGACUGAGAAAGUGGAGAUGGAGAAAGAGCGGACGAGUGAGAGUGGAGACACUAGUGGUAGUGUGAAAGGUGAUAAUAGCAGUGUUCCUAAUAAAAAAGGAUCUGAGAAAGGGAAAAAGAAAGAGGAAGGAAUAGAGAGUAGAAACGCCAAUGAAAAAGGAAAUGUUGAGAGCAAAAACGAGAAAGGAAAUAACAGAGGCAGUACGAAUGAGGAGGGUGAAGAAAAGGCAAACGAGAUUGAAAAACAAAAAGGUAGAGGGAAUAAAAAUGAGCCAACUGAUACAAAGAGAGGGAUUUCGAAUGAAAAUGUAGAGUCUGAAAGGGGGAAGAGUGAAAGAUUGAAGGAACAAAAAGUAGCUGGAUUGGAGACUAAGAUACAAGUGGUUGUGGUGAGGGAAACUUCUGAAAGAGGAAACUCAAGCAGACAUAGCAGCAAGACUGACAAAGAGAAAAUCCAGAAGAGGAGUCAGAGGGAGAGAGGCAGUAGAGAUGAAAUACCAGAGAUUGUUCCAGGGAGAAGACGCAGUAAAGAUCUGAAGAGUGGGAGCAUAACUGAAACAGGUGAAAUGGAGAGAAGGAGGAAGACUCAAAUGGGGGAGGUAGAGAGGGGGGUUAGGAACUGGAGAGCAGAGAUGGAUAGGGGAAGUAAAGAUAAGUACAGUGCUGACUUAAAGGGAGACUCGGAGAGGGGGAAGACAAAGGAGGAAUCUGAGGUGAAAAGAAAGAGUGGGGUUGAGAGAGAGACAGCUAAAGGGGCCUUUAAGGAGGAAGGAGUGACAGAGAGCAUGUCCAGGAGGGAAAACAAAGACAGGGAGUUGGGGAGUAAGCGGGAAAGAGCUGAGCAAAAGCGUGGGAGUAAGAUUAAGAAAAUGCAAAGAAAAUGUGGUAGCGAGGGGGGCAUCAGAAAUGAAGAUGGGGAGGUUCAUCAGAGUGAAAGGGACAGGAAGGAGGGUGAUGUUGAAAGGAACAAGAGAGAUUGUGAUGCUGAGCAGAAGCCUCUACGCCAAGGCUCUCGUCCACGCUCCAAACCUAUCUGCCAAUUUUACAUCUGAUGCAUUAUUAACUGAGUACUUAAAGAAGUAUUCUAAAAGGGAUUAACCUAGUGUUUGGUUUUAUAUGAUUUAUUUGGGGACAUAUUAAGAGAAAGACAGUCAUUGUGUUUUUAAUAUUUGAUAGAGCAAUGGAACUCCAAAAUGUGCCUUUUUAUACAAAUUUUUCAUGACAAUGUGAUUUUCUAAACUUUUUUUAAACAAGUUCAUUGUAAAGAUUGUUGUAUGAUGAAGUGUGAAUAUUUCUGCCACCCACAUACAGGAAAACGGUUCCAAAUAAAUGACAUUAUUACAUGCUCCACCACCCAUGUUAUCUACAUGAUUAAAUGUCCAUGUGGGCUUUGUUAUGUAGGUAAAACCUCUCGUUCUCUCAAACAGAGAAUUUGUGAACAUAAAAGUUCAAUCAGGAGAAAUGACAGGGAUUAUCCAGUCGCAGUACAUUUUUGUCACGCCCUGACUCAGGGGACUCGUAUAUGUUGAGUCAGGGUGUGUA